UGAGGUAGGAGGGACAGAUGUGCUUGUUAAUGUGCGUGGUCCUCUUUUGUAAGAGGUUAGCUAACAUCUGGAGGUAAAAUAUUUGAAGACGGUAUCCUUUAAGUGUAGAGGAAGAAUAAAAAGGGGGUCAUGGCUACCCCUCAGCUGUCAACAACCACUAAAAAACGGAAUAAGAGUUCUGCAAAUGGAGUGAGUUCCAGUGAAAAAGGAAAACUAGGACAAUGGGGCAGAGCAUGGGAAGUGGACUGGUUUUCCUUGGUCAGCGUCAUUCUGUUGCUGUGUUUGGCCCCCUUCAUUGUGUUUUAUUUUGUAAUGGCCUGUGACCAGUACCAGUGCUCUGUGACGGCACCGGUUCUGGAUUUGUACAGUGGGAAGUCCACCCUCAUUGAUAUCUGGAACCGAGCUCCUUCCUUCAGAUGGUCAGCUGCAAAGAUCUACGCCAUCUGGGUUUCUUUCCAGAUUGUGCUCUACAUGUGUGUCCCCGAUGUGUGUCACAAGUUCCUGCCAGGAUAUGUGGGCGGAGUCCAAGAUGGCGCACACACACCAGCAGGCAUUGUAAAUAAAUAUGAGAUCAACGGACUGCAGUCCUGGAUUAUAACUCACAUACUGUGGUUUGCAAAUGCUUAUUACUUCAAGUGGUUUUCUCCUACUAUCAUUUUUGAUAACUGGAUUCCUUUGCUUUGGUGCACCAAUAUUCUGGGUUAUGCGGUGUCCACAUUUGCAUUUGUAAAGGCAUACCUCUUCCCCACCAAUAAAAAAGACUGCAAAUUCACUGGCAAUUUCUUCUAUGACUACAUGAUGGGAAUAGAGUUCAAUCCCCGGAUUGGGAAGUGGUUCGAUUUCAAACUCUUCUUCAAUGGGCGCCCAGGAAUCAUAGCCUGGACCCUCAUCAACCUCUCUUAUGCUGCCAAACAGCAGGAGCUCUACGGACAGGUGACGAACUCGAUGAUCUUGGUCAAUGUUCUCCAGGCGAUCUAUGUCCUGGAUUUUUUCUGGAAUGAAGCUUGGUACCUGAAGACCAUCGAUAUUUGCCAUGACCAUUUUGGCUGGUACCUCGGAUGGGGAGAUUGUGUGUGGCUGCCGUUCCUGUAUACACUCCAGGGUCUGUACUUGGUGUACCAUCCAGUCCAGCUGUCGACUGCAAACUCCGUGGGCGUGCUCUUCUUGGGCCUGGUGGGUUACUACGUCUUCAGGAUGACGAACCACCAGAAAGACUUGUUCCGCCGCACGGACGGCAACUGUAUAAUCUGGGGCAAGAGGCCGGCCUACAUCCCGUGCUCCUACAACUCCGUGGACGGCAGCAGGCACCAGAGCAAGCUGAUGAUUUCGGGCUUCUGGGGGGUGGCUCGGCAUUUCAACUACACGGGCGAUCUCACGGGCUCCCUGUCCUACUGCUUGGCCUGCGGGUUCGGCCACCUCCUGCCUUACUUCUACAUCAUCUACAUGACGAUCCUGCUGGUCCACCGCUGCAUCCGGGACGAGCACCGCUGCUCCAGCAAGUACGGCAAGGACUGGAAGCGGUACACGGACUCGGUGCCCUACCGGCUUCUACCUGGAAUUUUCUAGAAUGUUGAAAUGUUUUAUACCCAGUGUGUUUUAUUGCCGAAACAACACCUAAAAUAUAUACUUGGAUAAGCUUUUUUUCCCCCCUGUGUUUGUGUGCGAAUUCUGGGGGGGGGGGUCAGAAAGCCAAAUGGUGGGAUCUGGUGAGGAUGAACCAAGUCAUAAUUUAUCUGUCUCUGGCAAAUCUCCCAGACGAAAGGAAAACUACAUUUCAAAGCCUUCUGCCAUUUAAUUAUUUCAAUCCUUUCCCUGUGGUUUGUACAGUGAAACAGCAAGCACCUUUUAGGCUAUUUUUAGCAUACCUGAAAAGAUAUUUCAGAAGCAGUUAAACUGUUUAAAACAUUCACAGGAGAGCAUCUAAAUGCAUACAUUUACAUAACACAGGAUGUGAUAAUUACCACGUGGUUUAAUCUAAUUUUUCUAUUUUAAAAGUAAGUGAGUUGCAGUACUUUAUACAUAUGUACUAGUGGAACCUCAGUACAUUGAUUUGUUAAAUUUCAGAUGAGUCCACACUUGCGCUGUUGAUUUUUUAAAAAUAAAACAUUAUUUUCUGGUAAUAAAAAGCUUACCAUCAGCAGUUUGCUCCAAGAACAAAACAAUGGCAGCAGGUGAAACUGGAAUCGUACGUUUAAUAGAAUAUCUACGUGUGCUUUCACACUCAGUUUAGACAGAACGCCAGAAAAAACAUCCUGUAUCACGCUAGUCUUUUCAAAUUAUCAGGAUCCCUUAGUAAACAGGGGAGACAGCCACUGAGGAACUGUGAUUAAGGAUUAGAUAUAUUAAUACUAUAUAUAAUAUCAGAUAAAAUGUUGUACUGAAGUGGUAUACUAUGAUGCUUGCUUUGAAAGCACAGUACAAAAGUAAGGAUUAUAAUUUCAGGAGAGGAGCCUGACAGAGUUGAUAACAUAGUGGCCUCUACCCAUCUGUAACCUUCCUUAUGGGAAUCGUGUGUCCAAGGAACUUGACAGGAAUAUUUUCCAAAAUGAGGGAACUGGCAAAUGAAGGAGUUGAUGGGAUGGCAUCCUUUCUUCCUCUCCCUGACCUGCUCAAAAUGGUGGUAGAUAAGGGCCUCCUAAGUGUUCAACCUGUUAAGACACUCACCUGAGCUCAGGGUGAGCUCCAGCACCCAGCCAUUGCAGGUUCAAGCCAGGUCAUGGUCCCCUCCCUAGCUGAUGGCAACCAGGAUUUCCCAAGCUGUGCUGCCGAGCAGUUGGUGGAAUUAGUCACUCGGCGCUCUCUCAUCUCUUGGCGAGAGCCGAUCGUUUUUACACCUGGGCUUUCAAAUACAAACAAGACAGGCAAUGCACAACAUCCUUAAUCAUGUCCAACGACAUUGACUCCAGCUAUGUUUAGUUUUUUGUAAAAAAAUGAAGCACCCAUCUCUCAUUCAUAUUAUUUUAUCUAUUAAAUUAAACCCAAUGAAAAGAAAUAUUUACAAGUGGGCAUUGGGCUCAUCUUCACUUCUGCAACUACUUAAACUUUCAGUAGCAGAUGAACUCUUAAUGCAAUGGAUAGCAGUUAAAAAAAAAGAUCAUAUGGGUUAAGUUUUCUCAUACAUUACCUGCAAGGCAAAAGUGGGACAAAAUAUGUCUUGACAGCACAGCACUCAAGCUUGUCAAUCACCUGUAGUGUAGCAGCUGGGAGAGCUGCUUCAAAAUGAAAUAUUUCCUGCUGGUAAUUUACAGUUAUUUGUGAUAUCAGACGUGCAACAAUUAAUCAAAGACAUUGUCUAGCAAUGUGGUAGACUGAAGCUUCUAUUUAUUUCUCACACAGCGAAUCAUAUACCUCUCAGAAGUGACAGAUGUAGCAGAAUUACCACUGGAGCCAUUUAUCACCUCAACCGUUAUUUCAAUAACAGAAUCCAUCAUCUCUGGGCUCAGUGAACCAGCAGUACAGAACAAAAUGUUUUUAAAUUAUACACUACGCCGGUUAGGAAUUGUAGUUUCAUAAAUAGCUGCUAUGCCUUGUAUUACAUAUAGUAGCGCCUUUAUUCAUAUAACCACUUUUCAAAUUCACUUUUUUUCUGUUUUUAAACUGGAGCCGGUCCAAUUAUGCCUGUUGACUGAGCUAAUAAUCCAAUCAAUAAUCAUAUUACCUUUACUGUAUGUAGCAGGUGUAACAACGGCAACAAAACCAAAAGCUCAUGCGCAAUCUAAGUUUACAUUCCUUUUCAGUGAAUUGCACCUAUUUUUAGGGGGGAAAUUAGGGAUAGUAAUCUGCACAGCAAGUUAUCCUAAACCAAAGCCUUGACCAGCAGACACCCUGAUUAUAAUUGUUGUGCAUCACAAGGCUUUCAACAGAGCCUUGCACACUGUGGCUGAGCUGCAAUCAGACAUGAAGUAGCAAGUAUGUCAGCAUAACUGUUUUUUUAAAAGGGCUUUCAUUAGAGCAUGCACUAAAUAAUCCAAUGUGUGCAUGGAUUCAGACAGUUGCUCCUCCAUGUAGAAACAUAUUAAUGCUGUUUGCAAAGACUGCGACGCUGUGAGGUUAGUGCACCUGCACCCCAGGUUUUUACACAGAAGAAAUGGGGGGCCCUGCCCUACAAGGCCCUUGCCCCUGCCAGGCUAAGCUCAAUGUGGUGUACAGAGACAGCAGUUUCUGCUGGACAGCCUGUUCACUCCAGAAGAAAGACAGGCCCCGAGUACAGUUCAACUACCAUAUCUGAAUCAUAGUGUAAAUGAAUGAAGCGCUUAAUUUAAACCAUACCGUGACACUAAUAUAGAAAUGUUACAGUUUAUAUACAUGUUUUUUCCUGAGCUUGUGCAAUCCAAAAAACUAAACUGCUUUUUAAACUGGGUACCGAUAAAUAUUUAAAUUCUGUAAUUGCAUUACAUAACGUCAAAUUGAAUGUCAUCAAGUGGAAAAGACUACAAAAAGGACUUCAUUGUACUUAUGCAACCCUAACAGCAUGCCCCAUUAUUUAUCUAUCUUAUAUUUAAAAUCUUUUGUGUUCUAACAGAACCGCACACAGCUGAUGAGAUUCAAUCUGGUAGCCCAUACAAAUCAUAUUUUUGAUCAUAUUUUGAGAACAUUAUCCAGACUUAAAGAUGUUAUUUCAAACCUUAAGAGAUGAACAAGUUGUCAGGUCUUCUUGUCAAGAAAUCAAUGAAAGUUAAUGAUCAUAUCUUUAAACAACUUUAACUUAUUCCUUGUUUUAAAAUAAUAUUUAUUGUAUCUUUUCUAGUUAUUAUUAGGUUAAAAUCUUGAACUUAGAAAAAUUACAGUGGUCCUCCAGCUAAAUAAAAAAAAAUCUGUAAAUGCUGUGCUAUUUAAACUGCCCCUUUGUACACAGACAAGGUAAACACAUAAGUUUCUUAUUACCCUGGUGAAGAAUUAAUUUCCACUGUUUGUUUUACAGUAUGAAACCUCAUUCUUCCUAACGGCACCUCGCAAUACUUUAUAGUGAAAUGCAGCAUCUAUAAAAAUAACAACUUCACUUUGAAAAGGUAAUUAGAUUUUGUCAUGCAGCAUUAUUUUCACAAAGGUGUUCAACAAAAUGAACAGUGCUUAUUUAAACUAAUGCCAUACUUGCUAGAAUCGUUGUAUCUUAAAUGAUAUUUCAAAAGUGUAAUAAAUCUCAUUCUAUCCCAGGAUAUGAGACUUUCAGCAGUAGCUUUCUGAUAAUGUCAGAUGUGAUUAGAAUGCACAGAGAGUAACAGAGCCUGAGAAAAGCAAUGUGUACUCCUGUGCACUGCAUGAAACCUGUUUAGCCAGAAAUUAUUUCUGAGCAGGCACAAUCAAGGCUGUAGUGGUGAAAAUUUAAACACCUACGCUACAACGAUACACUUUGUGAACAUUGUUGGUGUUUUUUUUUGUUUUUAGUAAUCUUUUUGUGUUGAAAACUAAUCAAACAAGUAAUAAAAAAGAUUUUGCAGAUUU